UCUCAAGACUGUGUGAACAAUGUGUUCCGAAGCUGUAUGUGAGGCAGGACAUUUUGUUUGUCCGUUUUUUUAAGCGGUACUUGGAGGCAACAUCGUUUACCUGUUGUUCAGGUUCAGCUGUUUCGAGUGAGAAUGAUUCAGAGACGCGUAACCGGGAGAAGUGCUAGGACACAUGUACUGUCAGUGCUAACAAAAUAAGACUUUCUCCUUCUUUUGGCGUAAAGUGGAGUCACCUGAUUCAUAAAGGAAAUGUCCGGAAGGAGGAGACUCUAAAGUGAAAGUUAUGGACAUUGACAAUAAUACGUCGAACAGCUGCUACAGCAACCAAAACGUCACCUUCUUUUACCAACAGGUGAAUAAAACUAUCAGAGGGAACUGGACUACAAGGGACCACCUGGUCAUAGGACUAGGCUUGCCCUUAUCCUUAAUAGUUGUGUUGGCCAACCUGUUAGUGAUGGCAGCCAUCCACAUGAACCGCCGCUUUCACUUCCCUAUUUACUACCUGCUGGGAAACAUGGCAGCAGCAGACUUGUUUGCAGGUUUAGCCUAUACCAACCUGAUAUUCAACACGGGACCCUGGACAGCGAAGCUCACUAAGAAGCAGUGGUACAUCCGUGGGGCUUUGAUUGACAUCAGCCUGACUGCCUCCGUUGCCAACCUCCUGGCUGUGGCUGUGGAACGCCACCAGACCAUCAUCACUAUGCAGCUGCACAGCACCAUGACCAAGAGGCGCGUGGUGCUGCUCAUCAUCUCCAUCUGGGCCGUAGGGAUCAUCAUGGGUCUGGUGCCAUCGCUGUUUUGGAACUGUGAAUGUGAUCUCGCAGACUGCUCCACUGUUGCUCCCCUCUACAGCCGCCGCUUCUUGAUUUUCUGGGCACUUCUCAACCUGCUCACCUUUUUCAUUAUGCUGGGCAUGUACUCUCACAUAUUCUUUCACGUGAAACGCCAGAGUCGCCACACUUCUCAGCACGCCUCCGAGGCACGACAGCAGACAGUCAUCAACCUGAUGAAAACCAUUUCUAUGGUUCUGGGUGCCUUUGUGAUCUGCUGGACACCUGGCCUCAUCGUUCUCCUCCUGGACGGGCUGCAGGGUAAAGAGAGCAACGCCAACAAAUAUGAGAAAUACUGUUUGGCGAUAGCGGAGUGCAACUCUCUGGUCAAUCCGAUCAUUUAUUCCUUACGUGACGCCGAGAUGCGGAAAACGUUCAAGUGGAUCCUUUGCUGUUUUUGUCGACGUGAGGGCUGUCAGCCGAGGGAGACUCUGUCAACAGAAAUUGACUCUCCAUUGAAGGAGAAAAUUCUAAGCUACAAGUUAGAAGAUCCGGUCUUGUGGAAGAAUCCGGACAGAGACAGUAAAGAUGACAAGUGGACAGACUCUGUGGUAUGACAGAAAAUCAGACAUAUUGUAACCUUAGUGUAUAUAUUUGUAAAUCUUGUGUUGACAUUUACAUUUUUGAAUGAAUUAAAAGGAAGAAAAAAUUACAGUUAGCAUUCGAGAAAAGUUUUUUUGUCUUUGGUCUUUGUGCAGCUAACAAAUUCACCUAAAAAUCAAAAGAUGGUGCAAUCUCUCCUUUUAUUACAUUUGACUAUCACAAGAGCAUUUGUGACAACUUAUAAAAUGAAACACUCCUAAAAUGAAAUACUGAAAAAAAAAAUAAUCACACUAAAUUGUUUUUUUUUUAUUAAUUUUCUAAUAAGAACACUACAAUUUUGUCAUAUUCUUCCGUUUUGUUUUACUCUUUCUAGAUCAAUUCUAAAGUUGAGGUAUAAAAGGAGUUCAUACAGACUCACAAGUCUGAAAACAGUGGGGUUAUAUACAAGAGAAAUGGAAAGACAGAGGUAGAGAGAGGGGUAAAUACAAGGGAAAGAGGGAGAUACAAAUAUACUAAUAAAAACAAACAAAUGAAGGUUUACAAAGACAUUUGGUGCUGUGGAACUAAACCAGUCGAAUGAUCAAAAUACUUGUUUACAAUAAGAUUAUUUUUAUUGAUGAGUUACAACGGCGCUGCGAAAUGCAUGAGCUCACAAAGUGUAUAUAUUGACAUCAAGUAUUUAGGCAUUGAUGUUUCUGCUGUAAUAAAUUGAGGUGAAUGGCAAUAGUGGCAACUCACCGAGGCAACAAACGAGGGGAAACUUGUAGUUUAAGCAUUCAAGAAGUAAAACCCAAUGUGGAAAUUAAAAAGGGGAUGAAAUAGUUAUAGGAAAAUAAAAAUAAAAAAAAUAGUUCCACAGCACCACAUUACAUUUGUUCAUCCUACACUGCAACUUGGUUAUGUAACAA